AUGAAAAUAGAAUUAAUGCGUUUGGAAGAACAAAAGGAGACUGAACUGAAAUAUUUAAGACAGAAAUAUGAAAUUAUGCGCAAAUAUGAAAGCUCUGACGAGUCAGAUGAUGAAAAUUUGGAGGCAUUGAAGGUGCAUCGCACACUGCAAUGGGCAAAUGGCAAUGGUCAGGGCGGUAUGGGUGGGCCUAAGGAGAGGCAGCUCGAAACAGGUGUUGGGCAUGAGGGGAAAGAAUUGGGCAGCAUGUCGACGCGCACUAAAUCUGCUCGCCUGGUAGGUACCUCACCGCACAAAUCAACACCCCAACUGAAACCGUGCAAAGCCGAAAGCCCGCCAUCGCCUGCAUGGCUUUCACGUUUGGAAAACAAAAUCGAGAGUAUAGUGGAACAGAUAACCACUCGUAUGAAGGAGGUGGAGGAGCGGGUAAUGCAGAGGAUAGGUGAGAUAACUGCUGAUCUGGCCAAUGUGAAGCUGAGUAUGAGCAGUUUCGAGCGAUUAAAGGAGGAACUCGCUGAACAAGAGAAUGGUAGCGUUGCAGCGGACGUCAUUCUAAAUGGGAUUCCGCGUGAAAAAGAUGAAAACACUGUCGAAAUCGUAAAGAAAGUCUGCAAAGCACUAAAUGUCGAUGCUGUCUCUGUGCGAGCGGCCUUCCGUGUGCGCACUAAUAACGCAAAAACUGCACCACUCAUAGCUAAGCUCGCUUCUUCUAAUGACCGCGCUUUGUUAUUAAAAGCUGCGGUCAGCUUUUACAAAACUAACAAAAGAGGUCUGCAACUUCGUGACAUUGGUAGUGUAUCAGAGGAGCGAGUAUUUUUAAACGAGUGUCUCACCAAAUCUGCUCGUUGUAAGAUAUCAUACACUAUCUGUUAUGCGAAGCAAAUUCAGGCACGCACAACGUCGGAGGCCAACGCUAUAGGCUUGACUGCACAGCAAAUAAGCUCGCGGCAUGUGGUACCAAAAGAUCUUCCCACCUUUAGCGGCAGGCCAGAGGAAUGGGCCCUGUUUAUAAGUAGUUUUGAGAAUUCAACACGGUUGUGUGGGUUUAGCCACGAUGAGAACUUGCUUCGUCUGCAACGCGCCCUAAAGGGAAGGGCGCUUGAGUACGUUAGCAGUAAGUUGAUGAUUCCGGCUCUGGUGCCGGAGAUAAUAUCGACGCUGCGAAUGAAUUUGGCUGCUGCAAUGGAAGCUUCUGGGCUUCAAUCGCAUAUGACAAAUCCAUUGCUAAUACAAGAGCUGGUUGAAAAGCUACCAGCGCAAAUGCGCCUACAAUGGGCAAUGUUUUCCAGACCAGCGGGGGAUACAACAAUUAAAGGCUUUAGCGAAUGGCUCUUUGACUUGGCAGACGCUUGUAAGGUGACGUCAAUCAUUUCCACUGCCAGUCCUGAGUCGGAGAGGCGUAAAACUCAUCGAGUGAGCUUCCAUACAGAGGAGGUGGAACAUAGCGAUGGAUAUGUCCAGCAAGUAAGGCCUAAACUGGCAUGCUAUUUUUGCAACGAAUCACAUGUUAUAUUGAAGUGCGAUAAAUUCAGAGAAUUAGGCUAUGACGAAAAGUGGAACGAAGUCCAUAAACUGAAGCUAUGCAGAAUAUGUCUAAAAAAGCACGAUGCAAGAAGCUGUCGUGAUAGUAAGGUAUGCGGCGUUGAUAAUUGCGCCUAUCGGCACAACCCGGUGCUUCACAAGCCUAUGACAGGAGAAAAUGUCGACGGUUCUACUACAGUUGGGGCGCAUCAGGUGGAAAGUUCUAACACACUUUAUCGAGUUGUCCCGAUUACAAUCUACGGGAAUGGCAUUUCCUGCGAUGUAUUUGCGUUUUUAGAUGACGGGUCCGGCCCGACUCUAAUAGAGAAGAAUGUGUUGCAGCAGCUGAAAGUGCAAGGAGAUAAAACAGACCUCUGUCUCCGAUGGACAGACGGAACGGUACGCGUCGAGAAGAACUCGGACAUGAUUGACUUGGAGAUUUCAACGCGUGGAAAGGGCAAGAAGCAUAUGUUACGUAAUGUGCGGUCUGUAGAAGCAAUUGAUCUUCCCGCACAAACGAUGAACAUAGCAGAGCUCGCAGAAGAGUACAGGCAUCUAAGAGGAAUCCCAGUCGAGUCAUACUAUAACGUGGUACCGCAAGUAAUCAUUGGAUUAAGCAAUAAAAAUCUGAUGAUGCCUCUAAAGUUUCGAGAGGGCAAGGCACACGAGCCGGCUGCCACCAAAACACGUAUUGGGUGGACUGUGUAUGGUGUAAUGAAUUCUGACGCACAAAAAAUUACGAUAACCUGCAACUUCAUAUUUUACGAUGACAGCAAACACAAUAAGUUUUGCGAUAGGCAACAAGAAGGUAUGCACGAGAGUGUUUCACGCGAUGGAAAGCAUUUCGUGACGAAACUGUUAUGGAAAUCGGAGAGCAUCAAUAUGCCGGACAACUAUGUGAUGGCUUUGCGGAGGCUCAGAUGUUUUGAGAGAAAGCUGAAUGGGUCCCCUGAGCUGAAAUCAUUUGUCAGCGAACAUAUCUGUUCAAUGCAAGAAAAGGGGUACAUUCGUAAACUAAACGCCAACGAGGUUGUUGCUCCCCACCCACGAAAAUGGUAUUUGCCGAUGUUUGUAGUGCAAAAUCCAAACAAACCACGGAAGGUUAGAGUCGUUUGGGAUGCUGCUGCAGAAUAUAAGGGCGUUUCCUUGAAUUCCCUCUUGAAUAAAGGCCCAGAUUUAUUGACUUCCCUCUUCGAUGUUUUGCUGAACUUCCGGAGCGGAAAAAUUGGAAUAUCCGGCGACAUCAGUGAAAUGUUUCACAGAAUCUUCGUUGAUGAGGAGGACCAGCAAUCGCAACGGUUCUUGUGGAGAAACUGCGAUGAGACUCGCCCGCCAGAUGUAUAUCUACUACGAGUAAUGAGCUUCGGAGCAAGUUGCUCGCCUUCUUUGGCCCAAUUUGUGAAGAAUCAGAACGCCAAAGAAUUUGCUGAUACGUACCCGCGACCAGCGAAAAGUAUUUUGGAGAGGCACUAUGUCGAUGAUAUGCUCGACAGCGUGAACACCGUGCAAGAAGCUAUUGAGCUGGCUAGAGGUGUUCGGGACAUCCACAAACAGGCGAACUUUCACAUUCGAGGGUGGCUAUCCAACUCUAAAGAGGUGACUGAAGCCCUAGGAGAGGCAGGAGAUGCGGAUGAGUUUUGCAGUUCUGCUAAGCGGGUGGAUCAGGUCGUAGAAGCCAGCAAGGUGCUGGGUAUGUGGUGGCAGACGACUGAUGACACGUUUACAUACAACUUGAAAUUCACGAAGGCCAAUGAUGAAAUUCUACGAGGAGCCAGGCUGCCAACCAAAAGGGAGCUGUUACGGCUACUAAUGUCGAUCUUCGAUCCUUUGGGUUUGCUAACAUUCUUUUUGAUCGACACGAAGAUUCUACUACAGAAAGUAUGGCGAAGCGGCGUUGGAUGGGACGACAUUAUUCCAGAGGAAUUUUCCGCGGAGUGGAUGAGGUGGCUAUCGUUCCUUCCGCAAGUACAAAGUAUUAAGAUACCUAGAUGUUACUUCAGUAUGAUGUGCAGCGAGGAGGCCAAGUGCGAGCUGCACUUAUUUGUGGACGCUGGCGAAAACGCUUACGCAGCGGUAGCGUACCUAAGAACAAAGAAUGGAAGUCACAUUGGAGUGUCGUUGGUGUGCGCCAAAUCGAAGGUAGCACCUUUGCGCCCUGUAUCUAUUUCACGGAUGGAGCUGCUCGCUGCAGUAAUGGGGGCACGUCUUGGAAACUCGGUGGUAAAGGCGCUUGACUUUAAAAUCGGUCGUGUCUGCUAUUGGACAGAUUCCGGAACGGUGCUUUCUUGGUUACGUUCUGACCCUACAAGAUACAAGCAGUUUGUUAUGUUUCGCGUGGGAGAAAUUCAGGAGACGACGGAUAUUGCGGAAUGGAAAUACGUUCCCUCGAAGUUAAACGUCGCGGACCUCGGCACAAAGCAGAUUUCUACGCCCGAUUUCUCAACGAGUGGUCAGUGGAUUUCAGGCCCCACGUUCCUGCGUCAACAGGAAGAAAAUUGGCCAAACUUACAAUGCAAACCAGAAGGGAACAAGCAACGAGAAGAACGACCACAAUUAGUCGCAGUCAAUAUACAAAACGAACCACCGCUGAUUGAUUUAACGCGAUUUUCUAAGUGGGAGCGCCUAUUUGGAUGCACGGCAUAUGUGAAGCGAUUCGUAAGCAGAUUGCGAGGUAUACCUUCCGAAGGCGCCUUUACUAUCGAAGAGCUCGCCUGGAGCGAGGCCUUUUUAUAUCGCCUUGCCCAAGCCCAGGACUUUCCAAAUGAAAUUAAGAUGUUAAGCCAAAACCCAGUGUGUGCUAUGCCGAAAACAAGCCCUUUGCGAAAGUUAUCGCCAUUUAUAGAUGAGACAAUGACGCUAAGAAUGCGCGGUCGCCUGGAAAACGCCAACUGCAUAGAUAACGCCAUGAAAAAUCCAAUUAUAUUGCCAAGAUACGGCUACAUUACCAGAUUAAUAAUUGAUUGGUACCACAGAAGGUGGAAACACUCAAACCACGAAACGGUAAUUAAUGAAAUAUUUCAACAAUUUUACGUACCUGGAUUACGUACGUUGCUACGAUCUGUGCGAAAGUGCUGCCAGUUUUGCAAGAAUGCCACGGCGCACCCGCAGCCACCCGAGAUGGCUGAUUUGCCUGAAGCACGUUUAUCACCCUACACACGACCCUUCACUUAUGUUGGAGUGGACUUUUUCGGGCCAUUUUUGACUACAGUUGGAAGACGGAUCGAAAAGCGUUACGGCGUGGUGUUUACCUGCAUGACAUGCCGUGCGGUGCAUGUCGAAAUGGCAUACAGUCUUACAACCAGCUCGUGCUGUAUUGUUGUGCGUAACUUCAUUGCCCGAAGGGGAACACCAAGAAAAUUCUUUAGCGACAAUGGGACGAACCUGAGAGCGACCGAGAAAGAGCUGCGUGAAUCGUUAUCGCAAGUAAAUUUUGCUGACUUGGAAGCCGAGUUCACCAGCCCUAGCACUGGAUGGACUUUCAUACCACCCGCCUCCCCGCAUAUGGGAGGAGCAUGGGAGCGCUUAGUGCGCUCAAUAAAAGCUGUACUGUAUCAAAUAAUUACGCCUGAAACGAAACUGACCGAUGAAAAGCUGCACAACUUGUUUCUCGAAGUGGAACAAAUAGUGAAUAGUCGGCCUUUGACGUAUCUAUCUCUCGACACUGCCGAACAGGAGGCUCUUACUCCCAACCAUUUCCUGCUUUGUUCGUCCACGGGACUCAAGCCCGUCGGAAGAUUCGAAGCCACAGACCAAUACGUCGAAGAAAAGCGUGCGAUUGAGAAAACCAAAUGUGAGUACUUGAAUACGAUUUUAUGA